AUGGAAACAGAAAAUAAUUCAAAUACAGUUGUUGAAGAAACAAAAACAACAGUUGAAGAAUCACCAAAAGUAGAAGGGUCAAACAAUUCUACUCAAUCAACUAAUGACGAAAAUAAUGAAACAACAGGCGAGGAUGAAGAUUCAAUUAAAAAAGUUCAACGUAAGAAUAAUAGUGCAAUGUUUGAUGAAGAAGAAGAAGAAGAAGAAGAAAUUUAUAGUACUCAAAAUCCACCAAAAAUAAAUAGAGAGGAAGAAUCAGCAGUUGAAAAGUCUUUAGAUGAAGAUGAUAAUGAAAAUGAAAAUGAAAACGAAAACGAAAAUGAUAAUGAAAAUGAAAAUGAAAACGAAGAGGAGACAAAUGAUGAAGAAGGCGGCGAAAAGAAAGAAACCAAAGAAGAAAGAAAAGAAAGAAAGAAAAGAGAAAAAUUAGCAAAAAAAGAGGCAAAAGCAGCAAAGAAAGCCGAAAAAAAAGCAAAGAAAGCAGCAAAGAAGGCCGAGGAAGGUGAAGGUAAAGAUUUAGAGGAAACAGUUAAAAAGACCGAUGGUGAUUUAGAUUUUGAUGAUGAAGAAGAAAAUCAAGCAGUUGAUGAAAAUGAUGAAGAAGGUGGCGAAAAGAAACAUAAGAGACUUGGUAGAAUGAAGAAAUUAAAGAAAUUAAAUCAAGAUGACAGCACAGAUAACAUUGAAGACGAUGAUAUAGAAAUGGGCGAAACAAAGAAAAAGAGAAAGAAAGACGAUGAUGAAGAUUACAAAGAUGAGGAUGAUGAAGAGCAACCAGCAGAAGAUAAUGGCGAUGAUGGUAAUGGCGAUGAAAUGGAAGAAGAGGAUGAGGAUGGUUCACCAAAGAAGAAAAGCAAGAAAAGCAAAAAGGCCAAAAAAGCAAAAAAAGAAAAAGCACCAAAAGAACCAAAACCAAAAAAACAAAAGGCCGAUGAUGAUUUUAUCAAGAAACCUGCUCGUAGAAAUGUUGAUGUUAAAAGUUAUUUAGAUAAAGAAUCUGGUUCAGUUGAUAGACUCAUUAUUGAUAUGAAAGAAGCUUGUCAAAAGGAUAAAGUUGCAAAUAGAAGCAGACAACCAGCACUCAAUAAAACCCAAUUAUUACAAUCAAUCGACAAAUUAUGUUCAAAUAAAUAUUUACUCCCACUUCUCGUAGAAAAGGGAAUCUAUGAGGUUAUUGGCGAUUGGUUAAAACCAUUACCAGAUGGCAGUUUACCAAACCAAAGAGUAAAAGAAGUUUUAUUAAAAGUUCUCCUCAACCUUCCAGUUGGUGAAUUUGGUGGUCCAAAUAAAGAUCUUGAUAAAUCAAUUUAUAAUAUUCAACGUAAUCCAAGCGAAACUGCCUCACUUAAGAAACUUGCAUUCGAUAUUCACGAUAAAUGGCACAACCCAAAUGUAAACUAUAAAAAUGAUUAUAAUGCAGUUCAUGUCGAUUUAAGCUCAGUUCAUAACCCAAUGAAAAAGAAUUCAGAUGCACUUUUAACUAAAAACAAUACUGAUAUCUAUUUACCAGAACAUAUCAAACAUGCCUCGGGUUGUCAAAAAGUUAAAUUAGAUUAUGUAAACAGACCAGUUGGUAUUGUUUCAAAACCAAUCAACUCACCAGUUAGAACUAUUAACAGAAUUGAUAAAGAAAUAGAAAAGAAAUUAAAGAAAACAGUACAAAGAGGAAGUGGUCGUGCUCAAGAGAUAUCAGUUGAAGGUAGAAAACUCAUUUUGUAAAAUUUAAUAUUCGUUUAUAAAAAAAAAAAAAUAGAAAAAAUACAAUGCACAAUACUUUUGUCAUAUAUUUAUUUUUAUGUUAAAAUAAACUUUUUUUUUUUUAAAAAAAUAAACUUUUGGUAUUCAUUCCAUUUUAAAUAAUAU